AUGGCAAAAAAGCCUUCGCCUGCCGCCGUCACUCACUCACUCUCAGCACAGCUCACGGCUCUCCAGUCCCCAGAGUCCCGUGCCUUCCUGAGCAAGAAGAAGCCAUCCGCGGCGGCGAUGGAGCGGCAGCAGGAGGCGGCGAGGCGGACCCUGCCGCGGCGCGGGCAGAUCAAGGCGCGCAUCUUCGCGAGCCUGUUCCGGUGCGUCGUCCCCGAGGCGCCCGCGCGCAAGGAAAAGGAAUGCGGCAAGAACAAAGAUGGCAGCAACAACCGCCGCCGCGUCUCCCCCGGUGGCUGA